AUAGUAGUGUCAAAUAGAGCCACAGUAAUCCAGUUCGGUUUGCACUUUGCAGCCAAGAUCUGGAGUAUCUGAUGGUAUUACAUUUUUUUUCUUUUUGCCGUAAUAACGAUAACCCUUUUCAAUUAUGGCAUCUCGUGGCCAGUUAGAAACCUCCAAGUUAAAGCAACAGCUUGAGGGACAACUGGAUCGCCUGAUGACUCAGUUGAGUGAUUUGGAAGAGUGCAAGGCGGAGUUGGAUGAUGACGAGUAUACCGAAACCAAAUCGGACACCUUGGAUCAACUGCGUGAAUUCCACGAUUAUCUCAAGAAAAUCACUUCGGGUGACAUGACCCUAGUCGACGAUUUGAGCGGAAUGCAAAUCGCAAUACAGGCUGCUAUCAGUGAGGCGUUUAAAACUCCCGAAGUGAUCCGUAUGUUCGCUAAGAAGCAACCUGACCAGCUGAGAGAACGGUUGUCCCAGCUCGAGCGUGACUUCAAGAUCGGUAAGCUUUCGCAAGAAGAACUGGUACCGCAAAAGCUCGAAAUACUUGCAGCUUUGAAGAAACUGAAGACCUCGCUGUUGCCCGGCGAAGACGACUUUCUACGGAGACAUGCCUCAAAAUCUCUCCUCGACUUCGACGAUGUUAGUGAGGAGGAGUCUGCUAACGCUGACCGAGUCCUAAACGUUGCUGAACUGCAAAUGAAAGCUACUCAAAGAUGACAUUAUGUGCGUGGCCUUGCCAACAUCCUCUAUACAUCUCAGCUUUUUUUUUUUCUCUCUGUACUUGUGAAAUAACGUGCAGACCGACAAUCUUUUUGUAUGCUAAGCAAAACAGUUAUGCCUAUUUUUAUAUACAUCAUUUGUACUGCU